GCUGGGCCAGCCAGGAGGAAGGCGAGGAUGGCCGAGUCCAGGUCCCUGCCCACUGGAUUCGGGGAACGAGAGGUGCUGGCUGUGGGGAUAGUGCUGCUGGUGGAAGCUCUCAUCGGUCUCAGCCUCAAUGGCUGGAGCAUCCUCUCUUUCUGCAAGAACCCGGAGCUGCAGACCCCUGGCCGCCUGCUGGUGCUGAGCUUGGCUCUGGCAGACAGUGGGAUCAGCCUGAAUGCCCUCGUUGCAGCCACAUCCAGCCUCCUCCGGCACUGGCCCUAUGGUCCAGACGGCUGCCAGGCUCAUGGCUUCCAGGGCUUUGCAACCGCGUUGGCCAGCAUCUGCAGCAGUGCAGCCAUCGCCUGGGGGCGCUACUACGACCACUGUACCCGCAGCCGAUUGGCAUGGAACAUGGCUGUGACCUUGGUGCUGUUCGUUUGGCUGUCUUCUGCCUUCUGGGCAGCACUGCCCCUCCUUGGCUGGGGCCACUAUGACUAUGAGCCCCUGGGGACAUGCUGCACACUGGAGUACUCCAGGGGGGACCGAAACUUCACCAGCUUCCUCUUCACCAUGGCCUUUUUCAACUUUAUCCUGCCCCUCUUCAUCACACACACAUCCUAUCGGCUCAUGGAGCAGAAACUCCGGAAGACUGGCCAUCCCCAGGUGAACACCACUCUGCCAGCCAGGACACUGCUGCUCUGCUGGGGCCCCUAUGCCCUCCUGUACCUCUACGCAGCCAUCAUGGAUGUGACCUCCAUCUCCCCCAAGCUUCAGAUGGUGCCUGCUCUGAUUGCCAAAAUGGUGCCGACGAUCAACGCUGUGAACUAUGCACUGGGCAGUGAGAUGGUCCACAGGGGAACCUGGCAGUGCCUCUCGCCACAGAGAAGUGAGCGGUAUCGAGCUCAGUGAGCCUUUCUGGGGGGCUGCUCAGAUCCAGGCCCACCCCUGCCACCCUGGACUGAGCUCCACGCCCAUGCCGGUAGGCCGCCCCAGGAUCCCUGCCCUGCAGCCUCAGAAGCCAAGCUCCAGACACUCACCCUCCAUCCCCAAUGGCCCUGUUGAGCCUGGCCAGACGCAGAGGACUCAGAGAGAAACCAGGCUACACAGAAGGAGGGGGGCUUUGGAGCCAGAUGGACCUGAGUGUUGGUCUUAGUCCUCCACACGGAGGCUGAGAGACCUUGGGAAAGUCACUGUACCUGAUCCCUAACAUAAGGUUUUAGUAUAGACUCCACAGGGCUGUUGUGAGGCUUGAACGAGAUGCGUACUCUUCACACC